AUGGGCCAGUUACCAGAACCACGCGUUAGACCAUCUCGUCCCUUUCUCCACACUGGUGUAGACUACGCCGGACCUCUCACUCUCAAAGCCUGGAAAGGAAGAGGAGCAAAGACAAAGGCUGGGUUUGUGUGUUUGUCUGCUUCGCCACCUCAGCAGUCCACCUCGAAGCCGUUUACCGCUCGACUAGGCAUCUGUGAAACCUUAUACUCAGACUGCGGAACCAACUUCAUGGGAGCCGAUGCCACUCUCAAGACCAUGUUCUCAAAGGCCUCCUCACAAAACCAGGUCAUCGCCGAACUCCUCUUGAAAGAAGGUACUAACUGGUGCUUCAACCCACCGGCAGCUCCUCACAUGGGAGGAAAAUGGGAAGCAGCAGUGAAAUCUUUCAAAUACCACCUCGCCCGGGCUACCAAGGAUCAGCCAUUCACCAUGGAAGAGCUGAUCACACUCCUCACCCAGAUCGAAGCCAUCCUCAAUUCUAGACCUCUCGAACCGCUCAGCGAUGAUCCUGAAGACUGCUCCGCUCUCACACCAGGCCACUUCUUAAUAGGUACAGUUCUGAACACCGUACCUGAGCCAUCUCUCGAAGACCUCUCGACUUCUCGACUGUCAAGAUGGCAGUUAAUUCAGCAACGCACCCAGCAGUUCUGGUCCACAUGGUCAACUCAAUUUCUACAACGUCAACUGUCCAUCUCAAAGUGGCACCAUCCAGCCCAUGACAUAAAGGUUGGGUCACUAGUACUCCUCACCGAUGAAAGAUUACCUCCAUGCAAGUGGCCAUUAGGGCGAGUAAUGGCUGUGCACCCAGGGACAGACGGCCUUGUUCGCGUCGUCACUCUCAAGACCUCCACGUCCACUCUAACCAGACCGAUCUCGAAGUUGGCAAUUCUGCCAGUGUCCACUCCAGACGAAGCAAGAAAGAAUUUCAACCCCUCAAGUCUUCUCAAUAAUUAA